AAUGGGUUACGCACCUCAUCCGAUCCAACUCUUCUGCCUUGGUUAGCUGCUGCUGUGCUUGUAACUGGCUGGCGUUAGCUACUAAGCUCCUGCUUAUCGUGUUUUUUUUUUUUGUGUGUGACGAUUUUGGAGGGACUAUAUUGUAUUUUCUACCUGGGAAUCAUACAAGACCUCGGAUAUAAUACGAAGAUUUUGUCCAUUUGGAUCGCUGGUCUCGACUGCGUAUCAAACAGCAGGUGUUUAAGAUGCCGCAGUGAGUGUGGAGCUGAAUCCUAGCUGAAGCCUCAGCAUGUCUGUCCUGCUGACGGUGGUGGUGGGUGUGGUGUGGUGGGGGGCCGUGGUCCAGGGGGCUCUGUGUCCCGGAAGGGGCCUGGCUGACUGCCCUGCCCAGCAGAGCAACACCUCCGGUGGGGGUAAGACCUCCAGGGACUACUGCUACACCGCCCGUAUCCGAUCCACCGUGCUUCAGGGCCUGCCCUUCGGAGGGGUGCCCACCGUCCUCGCACUGGACUUCAUGUGCUUCCUGGUACUCCUGUUUGUGUUCUCCAUCUUGAGAAAGGUAGCGUGGGACUACGGCCGCUUGGCGUUGGUGACUGACGCAGACAGACAGAAUCAGCGAUACAGCCGUCUGGAUGAACAGAAACAUGUGGCGUCUGCCAUGACGUCGGAGCUACCCGAUCGCUACGAACGCCUGACCUCUGUCUCCAGCUCAGUGGACUUUGAGCAGAGAGACACUGGCUUCUGCUCCUGGUUAACCGCCAUCUUCCGGGAUGAGGAGAUCAGGGAAAAGUGUGGGGAGGAUGCAGUACACUACCUCUCCUUCCAGAGGCACAUCAUUGGUCUGCUGGUGGUGGUGGGCGUGCUCUCAGUGGCCAUAGUCCUGCCCGUCAACUUCUCAGGAAAUCUAUUGGUGGAGGCAAAUACAAAAAACAAUGCCUACAGUUUUGGGCGUACCACUAUAGCCAAUCUGGAUGCCAAUAAUAUGUUGCUGUGGCUCCACACCACCUUUGCGUUCCUCUACCUGUUGCUGACCGUGUACAGCAUGAGACGACACACCUCCAAGAUGCACUACAGAGAGGACGAUCUGGUGAAACGCACUUUAUUUGUCAAUGGUAUCUCCAAGUAUGCAGAGGAGAAGCACAUCAAGCAACACUUUGAACAGGCUUAUGAAAACUGUUGUGUGCUAGAGGCUCGUAUUUGUUACGAUGUGGCCAAGCUGAUGUCCCUCAACUCAGAAAGGAAGAAGACUGAACGUAGCAUGAAGUUCUUUAAAGACCUACAGUCCAAGGAGCACAUCCCCACCAUGAUCAACCCCAAACCCUGAGGAGGCAGUGAGUUACUACACCAAGCUGGAGUCCAAGCUGAAGGAGGAGUACAGGAAGGAGAAAGAGAAGGUCAACAGUAAACCGCUAGGAAUGGCCUUCGUUACCUUCCAGAACGAAGCCAUGACCGCCAUUAUCCUGAAGGACUACAAUGCCUGUAACUGUCAGGGAUGCCACUGUCAGAGGGAACCCAGGUCUUCUUCCUUCAGCCAGCACCUUCACACAUAUUCCUGGACGGUCGGCUACGCACCAGACCCACAGAACGUCUACUGGGAGCAUCUGUCAGUAGGAGGGUUCCCCUGGUGGCUGAGAUGCUUCAUCAUCAACUGUAUCCUCUUCCUCCUCCUCUUCUUCCUCACAACCCCCGCCAUCAUCAUCUCCACCAUGGACAAGUUCAACGUCACCAAGCCUGUCGAGUACCUCAACAACCCCAUUGUGACCCAGUUCUUCCCCACCCUGCUGCUGUGGGCCUUCUCCGCCCUGCUACCCACCAUCGUAUACUACUCUGCCUUCUUCGAGGCCCACUGGACACGGUCUGGAGAGAACAGGACCACCAUGCAUAAAUGUUACACCUUCCUCAUCUUUAUGGUCUUACUGCUGCCCUCUCUAGGACUCAGCAGUCUGGAUGUUUUCUUCCGAUGGCUGUUUGACAAGCGCUUCCUGGCUGACGCUGCCGUGAGGUUUGAGUGUGUGUUCCUGCCUGACAACGGGGCGUUCUUUGUGAACUAUGUCAUCGCAUCGGCGUUCAUCGGUAACGCCAUGGAUCUGCUGAGGAUCCCUGGUCUGCUCAUGUAUAUGACCCGGCUGUGUCUGGCUCGCUCUGCUGCCGAGAGACGCAACGUCAAGAGGCACCAGGCGUAUGAGUUCCAGUUCGGGGCGGCCUAUGCCUGGAUGAUGUGUGUCUUCACUGUGGUCAUGACAUACAGCAUCACCUGUCCAAUCAUCGUCCCCUUUGGUCUGAUGUACAUGCUGUUGAAACACCUGGCAGAUCGCUACAACAUGUAUUAUGCCUACCUUCCCUCCAAGCUGGACAAGAAGAUCCACUCUGGGGCCGUCAACCAGGUGGUGGCAGCACCUAUCCUCUGCCUCUUCUGGCUCCUGUUCUUCUCCACUCUCCGCACAGGUUUCUCAGCCCCAACCUCUAUGUUUACCUUCAUCGUUCUGAUCAUCACCAUCAUCGUCUGCUUGUCCCAUGUCUGCUUCGGACACUUCAAAUAUCUCAGCGCUCACAACUACAAGGUAAAACACACGUCUUAUUAUUUUAUUUCACAACUACAAGGUAAAAAACACACUUCUUAUUUAUAAUGUUGAAGUGUUUUAUAUUUUAUGAAUUUAGCCAGGAAAGUCAUUAAGAACACAAUAUCUCGUACCAUAAGGAUCCUGAAUGCAAUAUGAGACAAAUGAUGCAUAAAUGAUGCAUUUAUAGACAAGAGUAUAUUAUUACAAUCUUAAAAUCUCAUUGGGGGAAACUUAGGUUCUAGAGGUGUUAACGUUUACAUGUUAAAACAAUGUUGGGAUCGUUUAACGUUAAGAAAAAUCCUGUCCAAUGUUUUCCCCACAAAAUAAAAUUACAGUGCAGUUAUCACAAAACAGAUUAUUUCCCUUGUUGUAUCCUAACUAGAUGAUACGAAGGCCCUGGGGAAAGUUGUGUCAUUUUAAAUCAAACCAGAGGGGAUGAGGUGAACUUUAGGCUCUACUGUGGGGAAUUUGAGAGGCAUUCAAGACGAGACAUUGUAAGAUACAGCUUACCAAGACAUAUGUACACAGUUCUGCCUACCCUCUCCUCUCUCUCUCCCUCACACUGGCCUGCUCUUCGGUCUGUUGCCUGUAGACUCUCCUAGCUAACACAUGUGGAAUUGUUUUAAGAUGGUCAUAACAUGGAACGUUUAGCUAUUUGAUUUAGAAUUUUAGGACCCCUUUAGGGGGACCCCCCCCAGAACAAUAUUACAACAUUUUGAUAAAAUCUUGAUUUGGCCUUUACAACUAUAGCCCAUAGAAACACAUUGAAUAGCAAGUAAUAUCAAAGACUUCGUUCUUAUUCUGCCGGUAUCGAUAGUCUAAGAGUUUGACCACGUGGGAUAGUUAAAAGUUUCAGCAAUCUACUUAAACCUUAUUUCCUUCUUUGAUAGAGGUACUUGUCUCGUCUCAAACCUUAGCCCUCUCGUUAUCGAGGUAAGCUGGUCUGAAGCGGGAAAACCCAGGUUGGGGUUUUAUUCGGAACAUAGAAAAGGGGCGGGUCCUGCCUGUGCUCAGGGGGCGGUCCCAUGAUGCCGGGUCCUGCCUGUGCUCAGGGGGCGGUCCCAUGACGCCGGGUCCUGCCUGUGCUCAGGGGGCAGUCCAUUGACGCCGGGUCCUGCCUGUGCUCAGGGGCGGUCCCAUGACGCCGGGUCCUG